AGCAGGCUUCAACUUUUUGAGGGCGCCUUUCUGUGACCCGUCAUUUUUCACUGACGAAGGCAGCUAUGGAGCAGAGGGCGAUGUUGGCGAGUCUUGUUGUAUUCCUACAGGUUGUGACUAUUGCUUCUGGAGAUGUCAUCCCCAAGACCCGUGCAAGGCCUUUGGAGCUGCCGGCAAUGCGUAAGUUGGAUACAAUCGGGGGUCCAUGUGACUCGGAGUUUAUGGCGUAUUUGAUGGCCUGUGGCAGUGAAAUGUACACCAACCCCUCGCAGUGCCCUGCUGCUUGCGACUCCUCGGCGGAGGAAGAGAAGAAAGUACAGGCGAUCAAAGAAAGGGAGCAGGAGGAGGCUAGACUAGGGAGGAUAGUCAGAACAAGCGUCAAGGCGCUUUGUGAAUCGGCCCUCGGAAGGAAGGUCAACAUUCCCGAGGACGAGGAUGGUGAAGUGGCUAAGCGAAGAAGGGAAUUGGAAGACCUACGGGCGACGAGUUCGGUGGAGACGAGUGCCUCACGAUUGGAGGCUUUGCGAAAAGAGAAGGGGACUUUGUUAAGGAUGACAAACCAAGAAGGUAAGGAGGAGCGAUUGCUCAAAGAAAUAGCGGAACUGAGGGGCAGAAAGGAACCUGGGGCAUCGACUGAAGGGAAACAGGAUGAAAUUAUGGCACUGCAGCUGCAGGUGAAAGAGUUGAGUGAUUUUCGUACCGCUCUGGAGCAGAAAAAUGCCGAAGUUUCUGCUCUGAAAUCGGAGAAUAGUCAUCUUAAGAAGGAUUUUUCAAACUUACGAGAGGAUUUCAUCCUCCUCAGGAGAUGCCUUGGCUGGGAAAGAGAUCGCAGUGAAGGAAGCGGAAAUGUGCAAGGAGCGCAUGGCGAGAAUGGGUGCCUCCAUAUACGAUUGUCAGCUCGAAGAACUUCAGUGAGAAAAACAACACCGCGAAAUCUCAGGACCAGCUUCCAAGAGGUUGAGGUCGUGUCGGAUGAUGAGGGGAAAGAUUUCGACAAGGACAAGGAUAAGGGGAAGACGCGUGAUAUAGUCGAUGUGGCGCAUGAUCUGGAAGUCGCGAAGAUGGCGGGGUUUCGAGAGAUCCGAUUGAAAGAGCUACGGCAAGCCAAGAAUGCGGACAUGGAAGCUGCCUGUGCGGAUGAAGGCAUCACGUAUAUCAAAUUAGAUCAGGCCAGGGCUAACGUGGCUGAAAUCCGGGCCAGCCGGGACUAUGCUGCAUGGCCGAAGGAGAAAGAGCCGCAGGAUGAAGAAGAUCGGGAUCAGCAGUGUACAACUUCCAAUGAGGACGUUGAAGAGGAGUGAGGGGACUCCCUGAGCGUGUCACAGCUUUGGGAACUGGCCUUAUUCUGUCGA